GCUAUUGCAUUAAUAUGCAAAAGCUUGGGUUUGGUUUAACAAGACAAGGAGUUAACCAUUGUAUAAUAGAAAUUAUGCGAAUAAAUAAGCGAAAACAUCCAUUUAGUGAAAAUGGGCCAGGUUACGAUUGGUGGAAACGUUUCAUGAGAGAUCAUUCUGAAUUAUCAAUUCGCAUUCCCCAAGAAUUAUCAGAAGCACGUGCACAACGAGCAAAUGCAACGAUUGUUAAAGAUCAUUUUGAUAAGCUUAAACAAAUUAUUUAUGAAAAUUCACUUACCGCUAUACAAAUUUGGAAUAUGGAUGAAACUGGAUUUGUUAUUGUUCCAAAAUCUGAAAAAGUUCUUGCUCGAAGAGGUGCACGUCAAGUUCAUAAAGUGUCACAUGGAAAUUCUCAUGAACACAUUUCGCUAGUACCAACUAUUUCAGCUGCUGGAUCAUAUAUCCCACCUUUAAUUAUUUAUAAGGGUGUUCGUACAAUUCCUAAUUUGUUAGAAGGUGCACCAUCUGGAACUGUAAUGGGUUUUACAAAUACUGGAUAUAUGCGUGAAGAACUUUUUCAAAUAUAUCUUAACCAUUUUAUAAAGUCGAUUUCACCUAUUCGUCCAGUUUUACUAAUCUUAGAUGGCCAUAAAAGAUAUAUUAAUUACACAUGUGUUGACUUUUACCGGCAAAAUGGUAUUCUCCUUUACGUACUUACUCCUCAUACAACACAUAUUUUGCAACCAUCAGAGCUUUCCUUUGCAAAAUUAAAGAAGGAAUACAAUAAGGC